AUGUCUUCUGCCGAAUCACAGCCGUCGGAGAGAGAGAAGAUGCUCCGAGGGGAGCUUUACUACGCUUACACCCCCGAACUGACAGCUGCCCGAAUGCGCUGUAAGCAUGCCUGUAAUCGAUUCAACAAUGCCGGCGAAGUCUCUCGUAGACGGUUAGUUGAACUUUGGAAAGACAUCACGGAGGACAAAACCCCUCUUCCGCCCCCUCGGGGAGAUCCAGAGGCAGAUGAAGCCCUUCUGGCGCGAGAACCUUGGAUCGAAGGCCCCAUCCGCAUUGAUUAUGGGUUCAACGUGCGAGUGGGAGAGGGCGCUUUCAUCAACUCGUACUGUACCAUCAUCGACACUUGUCUGGUGACCAUCGGAGCGCGCACGUUGUUCGGACCGAACGUCAGUCUGUUCAGCGGGACCCAUCCCUUGGAUCCUGCCCUGCGCAAUGGCAUCAAGGGCCCCGAAUAUGGGAAAGAAAUCCAUAUCGGUGAAGACUGCUGGUUGGGUGGGAAUGUGACUGUUUUGCCGGGGGUAACGAUUGGGAAAGGGGCGACGAUUGGUGCGGGGAGCGUCGUUACUAAGGAUGUUCCGGCUUUUCAUCUGGCAUAUGGAAAUCCGGCCAGGGUCAUUCGGAAGAUUGAAACAUCUAUGACAGAGUAA